AUGGCGAGGAGUAACACAACAGUGAAAUCAAAGACCCCACAGUCAACUAAAGGAAAAUCUGCUGCUCAAAAGGGCGGUCAGCAGCAAAAGCCGACCGCUAAAGCGCCGAUCGCUAAACGCGGUAGCUCAAAGAAGAGCACGCAUUCGGAAUCUGAAGUUGAUGAUGACGCUCUAGACGAUGAUUCUGAUGAAGAAGAUGGAGAAGAAUCAUUCAGCGAGUUUGAAGAAGAAGACGGGGAGCCUGAAAGCGAGGAAGUGAGUGAGGAGGAAGUAGUGUCCGAUGACGAGGAGGAGGAGACAUCAAAGAGGCGUAAAGGCCCAUCUCCAAGAGGUACCCCGAAAAAGAAGCGAAAGUCCACCGGAGGAGAUGAUAGUGCUGAUGGGUUUGAUGGACGGGAAAUUUUCAUUCCAAAGAGGGCUCCGAGAACUGACGGAGGCAUUCCCUACAAACCAAAUCAGCUACAUCCAAACACUCUAUUAUAUAUACGGGAGCUGAAAGAUAACAAUGAACGUGACUGGUUUUGGGAUCAUGAAGCUGAAUAUCGAGUAGCUAAGAAAGAUUUCGAUGAGUUUGUUGAGUGUCUGGCUGAAGAGAUGACGAAGAUUGAUUUCACGGUCCCGCCAUUGCCAGUCAAAGAUCUUACGUUCCGCAUACAUCGAGAUGUUCGUUUCUCUAAUGACAAGACUCCUUACAAGCCCUAUUUCUCCGCAGCAUUCUCUAGAACUGGGAGGAGCGGACAUUACGCACACUACUAUGUCCACGUUGAGCCCGGUAACUGUCGACUUGCAGGAGGUAUGUGGCAUUUAUCCGAGAGCAACAAUGAUGGACUUCGGACCAUGAGACGGCUCAUUGAUCGAGGUGGGCGUCGCUUCAAAAAGGUCAUUGAGGAUCCGGAGAUGAAAAAGUUUUUCUUCAGGAACCCGAACAAGACGCCUUUGGAACAGUUUCUGGAAAUGAACCAGGGAGAUGCUCUGAAGAAAGGUCCAAAAGAUUACCCAAAAGACCAUAAAGAUCUUCCUCUCUUGUGUCUGCGGAGUUAUACUGUGCACAGUAUGUUGAGCGAUUCCACUUUUGAUACCGGGAGCGACGCAGUGGGGAAGAUCAUAAGAGUUUUCAAGGCAAUGGUGCCAUUCGUAAACUUUCUCAAUUCUGUUAUUAUGGACAACGAGGAUAGUGAGGAGAGUGGAGAGGAGGAAGAAGUAGAGGGGUAA